AUGAAGCUCACUUUCAAGGACCUGAAGCAGGAGAAGUUUGUCAUCGAUGUCGAACCUUCUGAGACUGUUCGCGAGGUCAAGGUCAAAAUCGCCCAAGAGAAAGGCGAAUAUGAGGCAGAGCGCAUGAAGGUCAUCUACUCCGGAAAGAUCCUUCAGGAUGAUAAGACGGUCGAAUCUUACAACAUCCAAGAGAAAGAUUUCCUAGUGUGCUUGCCUUCAAAGCAACCCAAGGCCGCCGCGUCCACCGCUCCCUCGCAAGUUCCCUCGACCCCGGCUGCCCGAGCUCCUGUGUCAACACCCGCUGCACCCCCAGCUCCUCAUGCUGCCGCUGCUCCUCCCCCUUCUGUCGCUCCCGCGACCCCCUCCCGGCCGGUGCAGCUCCGGCUCCAUCGAGCGAUGGAGGCAAUGGGAUUCGCACGCACUGAUAUCGACCGUGCCAUGCGCGCCGCAUUCUACAACCCUGACCGUGCAAUCGAAUACCUUCUGACGGGUAUCCCCGAUAACAUCCAGGAACAGCAACAACAACAGCGACAAGCCUCAGAGACAGCCCCUACCGGCGCCGCUCCUGCUGCUCCUGCUGCCCCUUCCGGUGGCGAUGAGCCUCACCUCAACCUCUUCGAAGCUGCCGCUCAGGCCGGUGGUGAAGGUGGCCGACCUCGCGGUGCCGCUGGUGCCGGUGCCGCUGGUGGUGAAGCCCUUGGCAGCCUGGAGUUCCUCCGCAGCAACCCCCAUUUCCAACAGCUUCGUCAGCUUGUUCAACAGCAGCCUCAUAUGCUCGAGCCUAUCCUGCAACAGGUCGCCGCUGGGAAUCCUCAGAUUGCGUCAAUCAUCGGACAAAACUCCGAUCAAUUUUUGCAGCUUCUGGGCGAGGAACUCGAGGACGAGGAGGGUGCUUUGCCACCUGGCGCCCAAGCCAUUUCUGUUACGGAAGAAGAGCGCGAUGCCAUUGAGCGUCUAUGCCGUCUGGGCUUCCCCCGCGACUCCGUCAUCCAGGCCUACUUCGCCUGCGACAAGAACGAGGAGCUCGCCGCCAACUUCCUCUUCGACCAGCCGGACGAGGAUGAGCAGUAA